AGAGAGAGAGAGAGAGACUUUGGCUUUGGUGCAAACAAUGCACGGACAAACAACACCGAAGCAGUGAGAGGUUUUUUAGGAUAAAAAAUUGGGAUGAAGAGAGAGAGGGGAGAGAGAGAGAGAAAGAGAUAGACUGAUAUAGUGUGAGUGAGUGGGAGUUUUCAUCAGAGACCUCUCUCUUUGUCUCUGCUCAGAUCUUCCAAAAUCCACACACAGGUUGAGGAGAAAGAGGAAGAGGAGGAAGAAGAAGAAACUCGUUCCGCAAAGCAAUGCCUGCAAUGCCCAAAAUCCGAUGCUUCAAUUUUGACGUUUCUUUCAGUUUCAUGCAAUAAAUACAGCAAAAAAGGAAGAAAAAGAAAAAGCCGAGCCAAGCCAUAAAAGUUGCUCAAAAUUACAGCGCCUGUUGCAGAGAAGGUGGAGGGCUCUCAUAGCCUCAUACUCUCUUGCAUUUUUUAUUCUUUCUCAUAUUUGCAUUCUCAGAUUCUGUACCUUUUAGUUUGCAGGAGCUUUUUCUUUUUCUUUUUCUAUUUUCGGCAAAAAAACACAGCGGCUUCUUCUUCAAGACGACGGCGAAGAACUGUGAGCUGACGGCGAUAUAUUUGUUUUUUUUUUUCUCAGUAUUUUUGAGUUUGUUUCUUCGGGUCAAAGAGAUAAAGCAAACAAUCUAUUUUUUGUAUUGAUUUUAUAACUAUUUUUUCGCUUUUUUUUUUAAUUUUGUUGGCGUUGAAAAGCAAGUCAAGAAGCGUAAAGGUUAAAAUUGGAGAUUUCGUUAUCUGAUAUUUUGCGUCUUUUGGAUGCAGUUGAACUGCACUGUCAAUUGUUCUAAAGCUCCGAAACCUGAAGAUCUCCAAUGGAAAUGCGUUUUCGUUUCUGAAAACCCAGUAAUUUUCACUGAGAUUUCAAUUUUCAGAGUAAUUGCUUGCUUUAGAAUCUCAAAUUUGGUUCAUAUCUCGUUGAUUAAAGUCAAACCGAAGUGAUUAUGGUGAAAUGCAAUCUGUAGCUGUGAGCCUGUGAGGUGUUAGUUUACACAAGUCGAUUUUGAGAGGAAAAAAUGGCGUCGUCGUGGGACCACUUCGGAGAAAUUGCAAAUGUGGCUCAGUUGACCGGCCUCGACGCCGUGAGGCUGAUCGGAAUGAUUGUGAAGGCGGCGAGCACUGCGCGAAUGCACAAGAAAAAUUGCAGGCAAUUUGCGCUGCAUCUGAAGCUGAUCGGGAACUUAUUGGAGCAGCUCAAGAUCUCGGAGCUUAAGAGGUACCCGGAGACGCGCGAGCCUCUUGAGCAGCUCGAGGAAGCUCUAAGAAGGUCAUACAUUUUGGUCAAUAGCUGCCAAGACCGGAGCUAUCUGUAUUUGCUUGCAAUGGGAUGGAACAUUGUGUAUCAGUUCAGGAAGGCUCAGAAUGAAAUUGAUAGAUACUUGAAGCUUGUGCCUCUGAUUACUCUGGUGGACAAUGCUCGAGUCAGGGAGAGACUGGAAGACAUUGAAAAGGAUCAACGUGAGUACACAUUGGAUGAAGAGGACAGAAAGGUACAGGAUGUGAUCCUUAAACCGGACCCCUCGAAAAAUGACACUGUAGUGCUGAAGAAAACACUUUCUUGCUCCUAUCCAAACUUGGGUUUUAAUGAGGCGCUCCAAAAGGAAAAUGAAAAGCUUCAACUUGAACUACAACGGUCCCAAUCUAUUUAUGAUGUGAGUCAAUGUGAAGUAAUUCAGCGUUUGCUAGAAGUGACAGAAACUGUAGCUUCAAAGUCUUCCCCCGAAAAAAAUAAUAAGAAAAUAGAGCGGAAUUAUUCAGAUGCCAAUAGUGAGAAAGAACCUUCAUCUAAUGAAAGCUAUCAGAAAAAUGAAUCUCGCAAAAUGUCAAGAAACACAUCUUCAGUUUCUUCUGGACAUGAUUUGCUGUCAACUAGAGGUUCACAUCGCCAUGAAGAAUGGAAUACUGAUCUACUUGGAUGUUGCUCAGAACCGUCUCUGUGUAUAAAGACAUUCUUCUAUCCUUGUGGGACGUUUUCUAAAAUUGCUUCUGUGGCAACUAACAGGCAUAUGUCUUCAGCAGAAGCAUGUAAUGAAUUGAUGGCUUAUUCAUUAGUAUUGUCUUGCUGUUGCUAUACAUGCUGCAUUCGAAGGAAACUUCGCAAGACGUUGAAUAUCUCGGGAGGCUUCAUUGAUGACUUCCUUUCACAUUUUAUGUGUUGCUGCUGUGCCCUUGUUCAAGAAUGGCGAGAAGUUGAACUACGCGGGAUUCCUUAUGGUGCUGAAAAGACAAAAAUAAGCCCGCCACCCUCACAGUACAUGGAAACCUAACUGAUAAUGGAAUUUUGAGAUUCAUCCACUUUGAACGCCAUAUGUAGAGGUAAUGGCUAGUUGCCAUUGUUACAGGAAAACUUAUUUUGGGGGAGUUUAUGUCUCACUAAUUUUCCCAUAUGUAAAUUAGUGCUUUUUAUAUUUUUUAUUUUAUUCAGCACAUUGUGUAUCAUAGACUUGCUUUUCUUUUUCGAAAAAUAGUAUAGAAGUGCUUGAUUUUACCAAUAUGUUUUA